AUGUGUCAAGAAAUCUCCACUGGAGUUUGUAAAGACGAUUUGGCUCUAAAAGCGCCAGGGAAAAUGUCACACUCUAGAUGGCUUAACACAGCCAACAGAUUCCUAAGGCUAUACGUUGCUACCAAUGAGAAUGAGCCCUCUCAAAACCUAGAGAUUAUAGUAAAAGUGUAUGCCGUGUGUUGGUUUGAAAUUAAAUGUCAUUACGCUUGUAAGGAUAGUGCCAGGCACUUGUUUAGCAUUAUUAGUAAAUCUCCUUACCUCCCUGAAGAAAUAAAGAAAGUUAUUGAUCCCGUAAUUGAGAGAAAUGGUUCUGUUGGUCACCCAGAAAAUCUUUUAAUAGCCAUGUUAAGGGAUGAUAGUAAACAUAUUCGAGAAUUAGCUUUAAGAAGAAUUUUAAAAUACAGAUCAACCGCCAAAAAUCGAGGAUGUCAGAAUAUUUCGAGUAAAUAA